GUUCUGUCUACAUCAUGGAAAAGCCUUUGAUUUCGUAUAUGUUUUUAUUCCAUUGGCAUUUCCUAAAUGCUUUAUUCACAGUUGAAGCUCCCCAGUCACUCUACAUUGUAGAACAUGGAAACAAUGUGACUAUGGAAUGCACAUUUCCUGUGAAUGGGAAAUUAAAGUUUAGUGAUUUGAAUGUCAGCUGGGAAAAGAAAGAUGAAUCAAAGAAGCAAGUAUAUGUACUUAUCAAAGGGCAGGAAGACUUAAAAAAUCAAGACAGUGACUUCAAGGGCAGAACAAAAUUGUUGAAGGAGAAUCUGAAUUUGGGACAGUCUCUCCUUCAGAUCACUGAUGUGAAGCUCAGAGAUGCAGGGGUUUACCACUGUAUUAUCGGCUAUGGGGGAGCUGACUACAAGACAAUCAAUCUGAAAGUUAAUGCUCCUUAUAGAACUAUUACCCAAGGAACAGUGAGAACAGGAAACAACGAAUGGAAGUUGACAUGUCGUUCAGAAGGAUACCCACGAGCAGAAGUGAUAUGGCAAAACAGAGAACAUGAAGAUUUGACUGAUAAGGCAAACACAAGCUACGAAACUGGAAGUGAUCAGCUGUAUUACGUGACAAGUACCCUUACAGUCAAAAGUAGAACUAAUGAGGUUUUCUACUGUAUAUUCUGGAAUAAAGAGCUGCAAGAAAAUACGACUGCCAUUUUACACACAUCAGAUUCAGCUGAUGGUGUCCUGUGGACUGAGAGCAGACGCUUUGUUGGAGCAUUUCUCAUCAUGACUGCUUUCUUUGGAUCAGUGCUUCUGUCUAUAUUCUGCAUAAGAAAAGCUAGAGCGAAUAAGGACUGCAGAACACCUGUGGCUAGUUCAUCAAUAGCAGGGCUGUCCAAACAUAAGGAUAUGUAUGACUGCAGGGUUGCUUCUAUUGAAGAAAAAGAGCUGAAGUACAUGCAAAUUGAGAAGACCUAGAGAAAUCAGGGGAAGCUUUUUCAUGUGUGGUGAAGAUUCGACGGCUCAGAUGCUCUGUGCUGUGUCUAUUAAGGGGAUACUCUUGUUGUCGUUUGUUCAUUU